CAGCUUGUGUGGCGGACUAUAAUCACCAAAGCCUAUGAGGAUCUUCUGAUUUGUCCAGCUGAUUUUCCCGUUUUCACGUUUGACAAGCGGAAAGAAUGUCGGAAAGGGCCGAUGAUGACGUCAGGGGGGAGCAGCGCAAAGCGGCCAGGCAGCUAAAGCAGCAACAGCAGCAGAACCAGAGGGGAGAAGGCUCUACAGCAAUGGCGACUGUUGCGGAGCGCAGAUCCCUGCCUAGUCCAGAAAUAAUGUUGGGACAGCCUUGGAGCAACUGGGUCGAUACUGUGAAACUCCAUGGGAUCGACGGUGCUGAAUUGGAAGAAAGUUUAAAAGAGUGCGGGAAAAAUCGAGAAGCCACGCGGCUGUGCAGAGACGACAUGUCCAUCUUCGGCCAGUGUCCUGCACAGGAUGAUUUCUACCUGGUAAUGUGCAACCACUGCAGCCAGGUCGUCAAGCCGCAGGCCUUCCAGGCACACCACGAGAGAAGACACAGCUCUGCCAGUAAGCCCCCGUCCAGUUUCGCGCCCUCGACCGCUUUCCCUCUCUCUGCGCUGGCGUCCCGGAGCAAGGGGGGCGGGGGCGGGGUGGUCAGCGGCGGGGCAAUCGGCCGUUCCUCCAGCGGGAACAGCACCUCCUCGAAUUCCAAAAUCCUCAAACCAGCCAAAGAGAAGCUGCCUCAUCGCAGGCCCCCCUUUCCCUUCAAGGUGCUGCCUGAUGACGUCCAUACUCCUGCUGUCAAAGUGGAGAAGAUGCACCUAAAGGUGGAUCCCUUAGCCAAGCUGUCCCACAUUCCCCCCUCUUCCUCCUCCUCCUCCACCUCCUCCACCACUGUGAGCUCUCCCAUGAAGCCAGGCCUUAAUUGCCCCUCCAUACCAAAGCCACCUCUGCUGGCCCCUGGCCAGAUCCCCAACGGUAAGGGCCACCUCUCCUCCCUGGACAAGAAGCAGGACAGCAGUAUCAGUAGCCGAAGACACCUGUGCAAGAGGCUAUCAGAACGAGAAUUUAAUCCAGAUAUUCACUGUGGGGUGUUGGACAUAGGAGCCAGGAAGCCAUGCACAAGAUCCUUAACAUGCAAGACACAUUCCUUAAGCCAGAGGAGGGCGGUGCCAGGCCGCAGGAAACGCUUUGACACUCUGCUAGCAGAGCACAAAAGCAAAGCCCGGGAAAAGGAGCUCCAGCACAGGUCCGACCUUCCCCAGCAAACACCCCCUCUCAGGGACCCUCAUCCUUCCCCCUCCCGCCUUUUACAAGACCCCCACCAGGUCUCCCACGGCAACGGGACAACCGAUGCCACCAAGCCUUUGGCCCUCAGCAAACCCAAACCUCACAAUCCUGGUCUUCCACGACUUAACAGCAGCAACGCUUACAGUGGAAACAAUGCCCAGGGAGACAUGGGCGUGGCCCACGAGCUACUCCACCACCCCCCACCCUCUGCUGACGGGGCCAGUCGUCUGUCCAGUGAUGAGGGAGAGAAUGAGGAGAGGGAGGAAGGCACUGAGAAACUGGACUGCCAUUAUUCAGGUUACCAUCCUCGGCCAGCAGCCUUCUGCACUUUUGGAAGUCGACUGUUUGGGAGGAGCUGUUAUUCAUUCGACAGACGCUGGGAUCGAGUCCGGUGCGCACUUAACGCCAUGAUGGACAAGCACGUCAACUCUCAGAUGUGGAAGAAAAUCCCUCUGGCGUUGGAGAACUCAUCCUCAGUAGUGUCACACAGGACAAGCACAAACUCUCUGUCCUCUGCCCACAGCACCUCCUCCUCUUCCUCGGGCUUCCUCAGCCCGUCGCCAGCUCCCCUGCCGCCUCCCUACAGCCAGUCGUACGACGGCAAGUCUGCCCUGUCUUACGGGAUGACCUUAAACGCCCGCGCCUCCCAGCAGGGCCAAGCCGAACAUCCCGCCUACAGCGCCUCGUCCAGACAAGUGUCUUCAUCGCCCCAGAUGCCUUCUGCCCAUUCCUCGGCACCAUCAAUGCUUUCCGGCCGACCCCUCAAGUCCCGCUCCAGCGGCAAGUCCUUCAGAACCAAGGAAACCGGUUCCACCACGGCCAGCUCCGCCACUAACUCUCCCACCCCCGGCAACACCGUCAACAGCUCCAGCAACAGUAACAACAGCAGCAGCAGUAGCAGCAGCAACAGCGUAAGCCUCAGUUCGGGAAAGAAAAGAAAGAACAGUUCUCUGCUCAUGUCUCACAGCACUUACGCUACUGACUCCUUGUCAUCUUCGUCCUCCUCCUCUUCCUCGUUUAAGAAGAACUGUGCGGUGAACUCUGGCAGCUCAGGGAGCUCAUACCUCUCCUCCCUCACCUCAACCACAACCUCCUCCUCCUCCUCCUCCUCCACCUCUUCUCACAGCGGGGUGUACAGCGUGGGUUUAAAUUGCACCCCGGGAAGGACCAACUCUCUGAGCCUGAGACAGGAGCUCACGGGGCGGGGUCCUCCGUCGGGAAGCCCCGCCGAAUCCAUCAAGCGGAUGAGCGUGGUAAUGAACAGCAGCGACUCCACGCUGUCGCUGGGACCUUUCGUACACCAGUCCAGCGAGCACCACGGGAGCUUCUCUCACGGCCACGCCGACGUUCGGAUGGAGGGCAAGAAGAGGAAGAGCUCGCCGGCCUCCAGCAACCUCAAUAGCGCUGUAGGAGGAGGAGGAGGAGGAGGCGGCGGAGGUGGAGAAGGAGGGGGCCAGGGUCCAGGCAGGCCUAAAAUGGCCAAAUCUCCAGCCAUAAACAACAUUCACGGCAAACAUGCUCGACCUAUACCAGGAACACAAGGCCUCCCCAACAACUCCCUCAUACAUCAGCCAAAGGCUCGUCCCUGACAUUGGUGGCCUGGUUCCCGAGUGUGCCGAAGGGUAGGACGGAUCUGGAGUGGCUCGGCGAGCGACGUCGCUCCAGACUGCAUGAGGCCUUCUUAUGUGUUACUCUCAGCUUCCCAUGAUCCUCAGGGGUGGAGAUCUUCUUCUGGUUCUGGACAGUCCGGUGACGUCAUGGGGAAAAAAAAAAAACAAAAAAACAAAAGAAAAAAAUUCCUCCCAAAGCCAUGUGAGGGCGUCGCACUGAGACAGCGGGCUAAGGUGACGCGCUCACAGCUUCUUCUCAGUGUUUGUGGAGUUAUGUGUUAGGUUUUACUACGUGGAGGG